UUUAGUCUAGCAUUUAGUCCGUCUUCUUGUUGUACUGACUGCGACUUUUAUACAACAUACAAAUGGACGAAGCCAUUGAUCAUUUCWKCCCGCACGYUUACAGCGUCAUCACAAUAGUCAUGUGUGUGAUGUUUUCAUUUGGUUUUAUUAUCCAAAUCAUAGCAUUGCUUGUUUUUACUAGAAAAACKUUCCGAGAGAUGAAACUAACUGCACUGUUUGUCAAUGUCAUCGCGGCCAAUCUCAUCAUCCUUCUCGUUGAGGGUCCGUUACUCGUGACCUCAUCAAGUCACGGUCAGUUUUGGCCUGCAAAGUCUUGGGUAUGCAAUCUAAGAGGUUUCACUUGUGGGGCAGCAAGUAUCAAUAUGAUUGUCUCUCUCCUUUGCAUCGUCACAAAACUCAUCUCCCUCGUCAAAUCUGCUAACUGCAAUCGUUGGAUACCGAGUGAUAGCUGCAUGAUUGCCGUGUCCUGGGUUUACAGCGUGCUGUGCAUGCUUCCUCCCUUAUUUGGGUGGAGUAAGUUUCACAUUGAUCCAAGCGGACUAUCGUGUGCUAUAGACUGGUGGACGCAGACYGUCGGCAACGUUUCGUACGUGGUGAUAUUAUCCGUUAUGGCCUUCCUCCURCCUGUUAGYUAUCUGGCAUUCAACCUCUACACUCUUCGGGAAUACUUCCAAAAUCAACAAAAUAGCGCUUCUGGUGUGGUAAACAGACAUAGAGAGGCGUACAGGUCCAAAAUGAAUAUGGUGCUAUUGGCCUCGAUGAUGUUUGUUUUAUUCUGGCUUCCUUACUGCGUGUGUGGGRUCCUCUCGAUUGCUGGAAAGGCACACUGGUUUACGAGGAAUGCUAUCAGCGUUGUACCAUCCUUGAUUGCCAAGAGCAGUUGCAUCUAUGCUCCAAUCUUGUACUGCCUGUCAAAUCAAARAUUUCGGUCAGCUUUUCUUGGGGUCAUUACGUGCGGUCUAUUUAAMCGAAAUUGCCAUGUCAAUUCCACUGCGGUUGUAGAGACAASUAAACGUGACUGCAAUGCUGAAGCUGAAAGWAGUCGCUGGGCCAUAUCUACCAAGGACCYCCAUAGAAUAACCGAGCAAUAUUGCUAA